AUGAACGACGCAGAUCUGUACGCCGAAUCGAGCAGCCUCCAGCAGCAGUUCGUGAACAAGGUGCUACGGGAGCUGUGGCCGGCCCUGGACUGGCGUUGCGAGCAAGGCACCGUGCUAGACGUUGGCUGCGGUGCUGGUGACGUCACGACAUACGAGCUGCUGCCGCGACUGCCACCAGGAGUCAGCGUCCACGCUGUAGACAUCAGCCCCGCCAUGGUAGCCAAGGCGGCAGACAGGUUCUCCGGGCCACGUCUGUGCUUCCGUCAGCUGGACAUUGGCACGCCGCAUAUUGAAGAAACCGACGUCUGGAGGCUGGGACCGUUACCAAAGGUGUUCUCCUUCUUCUGCCUGCACUGGGUCCAGGAUCAGAGGAUCCCGCAGCAGCAGCGGGAGGCCUUCAUACAGGACUGCGUGGCAGAGGCCUACAGUAACGGCACGAUACGCGCUGACACUCUGCCGGGCGGCACCGUCUACUCCUUCCCGUACAGCGCCAUGUUCGCCCACGCAGUCAAGGUCUGA